GUUCCUCCCUCCCAAAGAAAUCCUAAAAUUUCACUUGAAAUUUCUUAUCUUUUUUUCCCCAUUUUAUUUUUCCCAAACCAUUUCUCCCCUACCCCGAUUCCCUUUAUUUUUUCCCCCAAUUUCCCCAAAUCGGCAGGCCUCUGCAUCUCCGUCGGUAGCCCGCUGCUGUAUCUCUGUCGACAUCUGCUGUCAAGUAUAUUGAAAGAGGACCUAAGGCUAAAUUGGGCUCAUUUUUUCUUGUUUAGACUCAAUGGAUUGAUUUCAAGGGUUUCUUUAACUAUUGCCCAAUACCUUGAUAUCCAUGGCGAGAAAGGCAUCUUCUUUUAAAAAGAAAAAAAAAUAGCUUAAUUUCUUCUAUAAAAGGGUCAUAGGUUACUACUGAAAGGGGAAGAGGGCUAAACAAGGGUGCAAGAAGGAAAAGUUUUUUCUCUGAAAAGAGUAUACCGUCUGCAAAACAUGGAGGGUAAUGGCAAUGAACAACCAAAAUGUCAAAGAAGUUUUGAUCAUCGUGGGAGGAAGAAUAAUUGCUGGGAGUUAGUUAUCCAGAUUUUAUGUAUGAUACUGGAUGAUAACACUAUUCCGAAUAUACGGUCUUGGGACAAAAAAGAAGAAGAGAAAUUAGAAGAGGCCUUGACGCAGCUGGAAGAUAUUAUGAUGAAAAAUGACUUGCUAGAGAGAAAGAGAAAUGGCUGGAAGUAAUGAAAUCAACCUCAACGAGUGCAAGUCAAGAGGCUCAACUAGAGAUGGUACCGGAGUUCAUGACAGCAUUGUGAACCAGCUGCUUACCAAGAUAGAUGGAGUGGAGUCUCUAAAUAAUGUUUUGCUUAGUGGAAUGACCAACAGAAAUGAUCUGCUUGAUGAAGCCCUUUUGAGGCCAGGACGUUUGGAGGUUCAAGUUGAGAUAAGUCUUUCUGACGAAAAUGGUCGUUUGCAGAUUCUUCAGAUUCAUACAAACAAGAUGAAAGAGAAUUCUUUUCUUGCUCCUGAUGUUAACCUUCAAGAGCUUGGUAUGUUUGUUAGUAAUUUAUGGUUGUGGGAUUUACAUUCUUUUCUUGUAUGGGAGAAUCAACUGUUAGAAUGUCAAAAGUGGGUUCAUUUUUAGAUAGUUUUGAUUCUUUGGCAUUUUCUUCCAUUUUUGUUACUUUGAAUUUGGUAUGAGCCUUUUGUUUUUCUUUCUUUCCAUAAAUGUAAAUGUGCUUAAAAUUUAUCUAAAAA